UGAACUGUGAUCAUAACAUUUACCCACAUGUAGAAGGCAGACAUUUUCCCAGUAUGGCUGUUAAGUGGAAAGGAAGGACAUCAGCUCUUGUGGUGACUCUGGGAGUGCUGAACUUUUGGGGAUUGGUUUCUUGUUAUGAUGAAAGGACUAGUGCUCAGAGAGGAAGCAGAUCUACCGAAAAUCACACUUUUACUCAUGAGCGAGUGAAGAGAGGAUGGGUGUGGAACCAGUUCUUUGUGGUGGAGGAGUACACGGGAACAGAGCCGCUUUACGUCGGAAAGAUCCACUCUGACUCUGAUGAAGGCGAUGGCUCUAUCAAAUACACCAUAUCUGGAGAAGGUGCAGGGACUAUAUUCAUCAUAGACGAAGUCACAGGGGAUAUUCAUGCCACCGAGAAAUUGGACCGUGAAGAGAAGGCGUUCUACACAUUACGAGCUCAGGCUCUGGACCGUCAAAGUGAUGCCCCGCUGGAACCCGAGUCCGAGUUUGUCAUCAAGGUCCAGGAUAUUAAUGACAGUGAGCCCAAGUUCCUGGAGGGGCCGUAUAUCGGAAGUGUAGCAGAGCUCGCUCCUAUUGGUACUUCAGUAAUGAAAGUGAUGGCCUCUGAUGCUGAUGACCCGACCUAUGGGAGCAGUGCCAGGAUAGUGUACAGUGUUCUGGAUGUGGAGAAAUUCUUCACAGUUGACAGACAGACUGGAGUGAUUCGGACAGCGGUGGCUGAUCUUGAUCGGGAGACGCAGGAUCGCUACGAACUGGUCGUCAAGGCAACAGACAUGGCAGGCCAAAUGGGAGGUCUUUCUGGCUCCACCACGGUGACCAUAGUGAUCACAGACGUAAAUGACAACCCUCCACGCUUCCCUCAGAAGAUGUACCAGUUCUCAGUUUCAGAAGGGGCAGAGGUGGGAAUGUCGGUUGGCCGGGUGAUGGCUACGGAUGCAGACAUGGGUGAGAACACGGACAUGAGCUACCUGAUCAAGGAUGAGGAAGGAGGCGAGCUGUUCCGAGUCUCUACUGAUGCUGAUACGCAGGAGGCCAUCAUUAGCAUCAAGAAGCCUCUGGAUUUCGAGAAGAAACGGACCCAUAAUGUGGUGGUGGAGGCAGUAAACAAACAUGUGGACCCACGUUUUGUUGACUUGGGAACUUUCCGGGACCAGACCAUCGUGAGAGUCAGUGUAUCAGACAUAGACGAGCCUCCAGUUUUUUCCCCAGCCACAGGAGCUAUUAUGGAAGUACAAGAGGAUGCCAAACAAGGGGCCCUUGUGGGCUUUGUUACUGCCAGGGACCCAGAUACAGAUAAUGUUCCUGUAAGGUAUUCAAUAGUGCAGAGCACAGAUCAGGAGCAGAUCUUCAACAUUGAUGUGGUGACUGGAGCCAUCACCCUGGGGAAGAUCUUAGACAGGGAGACGGCAGGUUGGCACAAUAUCACAGUGACAGCCGCUGAAGCAGUAGAUCCAUCCAUGGCCUCCCAGACUGCAGUUAGCAUUCGUAUUCUAGAUGUGAAUGACAACCCACCCGAGCUGGCUACUCCAUUUGAAGCCUCUAUCUGUGAGGAUGCAAAACCUGGCCAGCUCAUUCACACCAUCAGUGUGGUGGACCGAGAUGAACCUCAGUCUGGCCAUCGGUUCUACUUCACACUCGCACCGGAAGCCUCCAACAACCGUCAUUUUACACUGUGGGAUGUCAAAGACAACACAGCAGGCAUUAGGACCCAGCGAUCAGGAUUUAACCGGCAAGAGCAAAACGUAUACCUGUUGCCCAUCCUGGUGGUAGACAGUGGGCCUCCAGCUCUGAGCACAACUGGUACACUCACCAUCCAUGUAUGUGGCUGCGACACAGACGGAGCCAUCCAGUCCUGCAAUGCCACAGCCUUCAGCAUGGGCACGACUCUCAGCCCAGGAGCCCUGAUCGCCCUGCUCGUCUGCAUGCUCAUCCUCAUAGUCCUUGUGUUGCUGAUUGUGACCUUGAAGCACCACAGAAAGGGUCGGCGAAUGUGCGAGGACGAGGAAGACAUGCGCGACAACGUCAUCAAAUACAACGACGAGGGCGGAGGUGAACAGGAUACCCAGGCCUACGACAUGACCGCCCUGCGCAACCUCUACGACUUUCCCGAAGCCAAGAGCUCCGAGUCGCUGCCCCAGCGCGUACAAAACCAUGUGAACCCAGACAGAGAGGUGGCUGAUUUUUCUCUGUUUAAAGGCUAUAUCCGAAAGAAAGUGGAGCAGGCGGACGCGGAUCCGUCGGUACCACCGUACGACUCGUUCCAGACAUACGCGCUGGAGGGCAGCGGCUCACCGGCACUCUCGCUCAGCUCCAUACACACUUUGUCCACCAGCUCGGAGCAGGACUUUUCCUACCUCAGGGACUGGGGCCCACGCUUCAGGCAGCUGGCAGGAUACUACGCCCCAGCACAGCCUGACGAAGAGGGUUCCUAGCAUUCCUCACCGUCUGGUUC